UCCCUUUUUUGUCAAGAGCCAGCUUAUGAGAAUACAUUUGACAGCUAUAACAAAUGAAUCACGCUUCAACUUCUCUGCCCCCAAGGAGGAAGCAUAUUUCAAAAUGCUCGGUGAGGAUGAGCUGCUUGCCAGCAGAAUGAAAGAGAACCACUUUAGGAAUAAGGAUAAGAAAAGUCGGCUCAGUCUACUUCUCACAAAGUCUGGAUCUCAUGAAAAUGUCAGUCCUGAGAAGAAACCACCAGCUAAAACUGUCCACAUUGCACCGGACGUGGCUCUGAGAUGGAGUAAUUCAUUUGAGGAGUUGAUGAAUCACUCAGAUGGGGUAGAAACCUUCACUCAGUUUCUGCGCACAGAGUUCAGCGAGGAGAACAUUGAGUUUUGGUUAGCCUGUGAAGACUUCAAGACUACUGAGUCUGCCACCAAACUCCUGUCGAAUGCCAAACAGAUAUAUGCUGUUUUCAUUGACAAGGAAGCUCCCAAAGAGAUCAACAUUGAUCACACAACCAAGGCUGACAUUGAGAAGAACAUCCUACAGCCCACCCAUUUCUGCUUUGAUGUAGCUCAAGAUAAAAUCUAUGGCUUGAUGAAAAGAGACUGCUAUCCACGAUUCCUCACCUCUGACAUCUACUUGACCCUCACGAAGAGGAAAGGCCCAGUGACUAUGACCAGGAGACGGUCUCGCUCCUUUGUGUUUACUAAACGUGCUGAAGGCACAGCUGCCUGGUUGUAGAUUUGUACUGUAGAGUUUUUGUUUAUGUAAUUUUUUUUGUGUGUGUGUUAUAUUGUCAAUAGCACUUGAUGAUGUGACAUACAUCUCUUAUCUAUUUAUUAACAAUACUUACUGUAGGUUUGUAUUUAAAUACUAAUUAUAAUUUACAUAUGGCUCUUCUUUUAGGAUUUCAUGCCAAGCUAAUUUAAUUUUCAUGUUUAGAAUGCCUAAAAAAUUGUAAAGUGUACAUAUUUGUUUUAUGAUAAAAGUUUGC